AGGAAGCCUUGGACACUGCAGGACGAUGAAGCACCGCGUCGCCUUCCGCAAGCUCAACCGCACGUCGGCCCAUCGCCAGGCCAUGCUGCGCACCAUGGUGACGCAGCUCAUCGAGCACGAGCGCAUCCGCACGACGCUGCCCAAGGCCAAGGAGCUGCGCCGCGUGGCUGAGCAGGUGGUCACGAUGGCCAAGCAGGGCGACGAGCCCGCCCGCAAGCGCGCGCAGUCCAUCCUCCGCACGCCCGAGGCCGUGACCAAGCUCUUCGACGUCGUGGGCCCCCGCUACGCGCUGCGUGAGGGCGGCUACACGCGCAUCCUGAAGGCCGACUUCCGCAAGGGCGACGGCGCUGAGAUGGCUGUGAUUGAAUACGUGGACCGACCCGGUGAGAUGCGCAAGGCGAAGCCGCCGACGGGCGUUGAGGCUGCGCGUGCGGCCUUCGAGGCUCAGGCUGAGGUUGAGGCUACGCAGUAAGCUUUGGACGUGUGAGGAAGGCCGAGAUGCCGGCACCUGCGCGGUGGUGAAUCCCACUGAGCAAGUGUCUUUUGAUUGCCGAGACUCCAUACGACCCACCCCCGCUAGAACAAGACAAUCAACGCAGAAAAAGAUAUCUAAACGCCUUCAUCGUAC